GGGAGUAUUGGCCUGCGUUCCAGGAGGAGGUUCUGGGGUUGCCACCUGGCUAGGCCCAGCGAAGAGCAGAAAGUCUCGAAAACUACUGGUGUGUCGGGCCCGCGCAUCAAAGAACGCUGUCAGUGUAUGCAUUGUGACUCCCGCUCACGUGCGAGGGUCGGUCCGCCCACCUCUGCCCGAUGUCGCCAUCGAUUGCUGGUACUGGCUACCUGCUCUCGGCAGUCCUCCUUCACUCUGGAUCUGGGCUUGUUCCCUCAUACUACUACAGCUUGUCGAGAGGAUGUCCGAAAAAGCCCGCCUGUUUUGCGGCACGGCACCCUGUCGUCGGUCUUCUUGCAACAGCGCGUCGCCGCUUUGUUUGGGCCCAGUGAGAGACGCAUGGAAGCAAGAACGCCUGGAUGUCGGCAUCAUGCCCGAUGCAGCCCCUCACCCAAAGACAGACCCAGAAGCGGAAGCUCUACUCUUUCGUCGCUCGACUUUACUUGGCGACUGGCUCUUUGGAGGGCCACAUCGCGGCAUGGGAGCAUCUGCAGAGGGACAUGGUACAAAGCUGAGGCUGGCGACUAUACGAACAGACCAAGGUCAGCUCAGAAUUUCUCCUGCUUACUAUAAUGAAUAUAUUCAUUUGUUCCAGAAGGGCAGUAUCUGUCCAUACUAGAAUGCAUAUGUCCCUGCGCUCCAGGAUAUUGUACGCCCGCGUUCACUCGCUAUUGUCAUGUUCUCAUGAUUUCUCUCUCCUUUCCUAAUGCGUUUCGGCCGUCAGUGUGUGCGCCCUAAUGCCAGAGGACAAAGAAACUGGGCGUUGUACCCUACGAAGGAAGUUGAAAGAUGAUCAU